GUGAAGGGUUGAUUGUGAAAGAUAAGGUGCAGUGAUGGUGCAUUGACUUGCCACCACGUUUAGGUACGAGAGAGUUCCUGUUGACCUUCGUUCUAACCAGGCCACCCACCCUCGUUGAGAGACAUUUUCCCUUGCAGACUGAGACUCAAAUAAGGUUUCGGAGUGCGGACCAGGAAAAGGGUUUUGCAUCGGACCUUGAAUUACCCCUGAGCCCUGAACUCGGCUAAAUGGGCGCUUUGUCCAAUCAGAUUGCCCUUUGCCGCCCCAUCUUUUCAACAUCAUUCCCAAUGAGAGGGUUCAAGCUUCCGCUACCGAGCAAAACAUCGGAUCGCAGGUUUUCAAAACGAGAAUCCCACAAAGCUUAUGGACUUAAGCUUCAGUAUCAGUGAGUCCAUAUCACUGCCUCCAAAUUGGAGACUCGCCUCGACGCCUCACCGCUUCUAUUGGCCCUCCCAGCCCUGUUAUCUAAAUAAGAGAUUGGGGAAAUGUAGAGACCGUAGUCCGUCCGCCUUAUCUAUGAAGGGUUGGGAGAGUUGUUUUGGGCUUCAUAAGCGCGCCAGCCUCGUUGCCUCUGAUCCCGACAUUUGACGGCACUUAGCGGCCUUCUAGAAUCUGGAGAUUUCCUUUUCGGGACUACGGAGAAUUAAAGGGAAGAAGUAUAAGUAUACUACUUCGAAGUAAGUAAAACUCCCAGGCCCAGGUUCCACGUCAUCCACACUUAUCAACGCUACCGUAGUAUUUUGACUGCCACCCUUGGUUGUCGGGAAAUUAAUUGCCUAUGCCAUGAUUAGGUGUGCUCGUGUAAGGCGUUUCUAUUACAGUAUCAACACCGGCACCUCUUCCUGAGAUACCUCAUGGUAUCGAACUUGAUAGUGUUUCUUGAACAGUAACAAUGGGACCAAGAUAUACUCGGAUUCAAGUGUUACAGAUUCGCCGUUAUUGCUUGAAAGACCUAAGGGUGCUAAGGUCUUUACUUCAAAGGUGUUUGAUGGUUUUCGAAGUGGCCUUGAAAGAGAAUUCGCUGAGACGACGGGUCAUGGCGCUAAGAAUGGAAAACGUUUUUAUAUUUCUGAAGCAGCAUAUUACAACACUGCUCAUACCUCACUGAGCCGAAGGUUGAAAGGAAGGCACUUGCAAAUGAUAGCAAUUGGGGGUCGAUUGGUUAGUCCUCCUGUGAAUAUUAGUCGCAUAUUUCUACCACUUACCCCUAAUAGGCACUGGCUUGUUCAUUGGCUCUGGAUCUGCACUACAACAAGGCGGACCAGCCUCUCUUUUAGCAGCAUUUAUACUCAUCGGGGCAAUUCUUUACUGUAUAGUUCAAGCACUCGGAGAGAUGGCAGUAACAUUUCCUGUAUCUGGCUCAUUUUGUGCUUUCACUACUCGAUUUGUAGAUCCGGCAUGGGGUUUUGCUCAAGGUUGGAACUAUGCCAUGAACUGGCUGUUCGUCAUGCCACUGGAGAUCAUGGCUGCUGCGAUUACACUUGAGUUUUGGGACUCAGGAAUACCGCCGUUCGCAAGUGUCACGAUAUUCCUUAGCUUCAUCAUUGCAAUCAACCUCUCCUCCAUCAAGGGUUUUGGCGAAGCCGAGUACAUAUUCAGCAUCAUCAAGGUCACCGCAAUCAUUGGUUUCAUGUAAGUAUCGCACUCGACAUGAAGGUCAAAUCUGCGUUGCUGACAAGAUUUUAGAAUUUUAGGCGUAGUAUUAAAUUGUGGCGGCGGUCAAGAUGAGGGUUACAUUGGUGGAAAGUAUUGGGUUGCACCUGGUGCAUUCAACGAUGGCUUCAAGGGUUUCUGUGCCAUCCUAACCACUGCUGCCUUUUCAUUCUCUGGCACUGAAAUGGUUGGUCUGGCCGCGGCGGAGACCUACAAUCCUAGCAAAUCUGUUCCCGGCGCAAUCAAACAGACGUUUUGGCGCAUCACUCUGGUCUGUAAUUUUACAAAUCUUUUUUCGGCAAACGUUGACCAGCUUCUAGUUUUACAUAGUGUCAAUUGUUGUCAUUGGUCUUUUGGUCCCUUCAACUAGCCCCCAAUUGGUCGGCAGAAAUGAUGUUGAUGCAAAAGCAUCCCCUUUUAUCAUCGCUAGUAAGAAUAUUUUCCUAUUUUUGCUUUCAGGACAUUUUGAAAAUCUAACAUCGACCCCGAAUAGUCACAGGAGCGGGGAUCCAAGGUUUGGACAGUGUCAUGAACGUGAUCGUCUUGAUUUCGGUUCUGAGCGUAGCAAACUCCUCCAUGUUGUAAGUAACUCACAGUUCUCCCUAAAACGUCUUUCCUAGCAAAAACCACCAACACAUCUAUAGUGCCUCAAGUAGAACUUUGGUUGCAUUAGCAGAACAAGGUCAGGCUCCUCAAUUUCUAGCCAAAACAGACCGUAAAGGUCGACCCCUAUAUGCCAUAGCAUUGGCCUCGGCUGUCGGACUGCUUGCAUACCUUUACGCCACUCCGAUCCAAGGUCCAGAUUUUACAUGGCUUCUGGCUCUAGCUGGUUUGUCGGCCAUCUUCAACUGGCUCUCUAUUGCUGCUGCACAUAUCAAGUUUCGGAAAGCUUGGGCAGAUCAAGGAUAUACGGCUUCUGACCUGAUAUACACCCCACCCGUUGGUGCGUAUGGGUCAUGGGGAUCCUUCAUUGCCCUGGUUUUUGUUCUUGCGGCUGAAUUCUGGACCGCAAUUGCACCACGGGGAUACCAGGACUUUUCAGCGGUCGAGCGUCUCAGUUACUUUUUCGAGACAUUUCUAGCAUUGCCAGUUGUCUUGUUAUGUUAUAUUGGGUAUAAACUCACGUAUCGGACAAGUUGGGUUAGGAUUCAAGAUAUCGAUCUCCAGACUGGGAGGAAUGCGCAUGAGAUUGAUGUUGUGCGACAGAGGUGGAAAGAUGAGCGUAGCGAAUGGCCGAGGUGGAAGAAGAUUUAUCACACGCUGUGUUGAUUAGUGAUUAUUGAAUUUAGCAGUAGAUUCUAU